AUCAGUCUAGAUCUAGUAAAAAUAACAUAAAACAAUAACUUACUGCUUCCAGUUAGGCUAUUUAAAACAAGCUGUUCCACUAUGAAAAUCGACACGAUAAAGCAAUUUUAGACGUGCUGUUUAAACACUCAUUUCAUCAAGUCGAUACUCAUUGACAUCGAUAUUGGUCUGCUGUACCUCAAAUGAGAUGUCAUCUUCUACGGUAAUGCCGAUGAUAAUGCUAACGCUGGUUAAGUUCAGCCUUGGAGCAUAUAUACCGACGGAGUUUCAAUCGGACUGGCCAGUUGGUGACCCAAGGCGAUGCCAAGAGCAGUCACGGUCUAGUCAAUUUAAAGCUGAUCGUUUUGAGGUACUGCCUGGCAUAGGCUGGGACAAUCUCCGGAACCUGGAGGCAGGGAUGGUCGUGACCUACAACUUCAGCAAGUGUAAAGGCACGGACGACGGUCAGUUUCUCAUCCCCGAUGACGUCUUCACUGUCCCUAUCAAGUACAGUAGAGUGGAGACGUUCGCUGAGAUCAUCGACAGCUGGCACUCCUCCAAGUCUCUGACCUCCAACACCGUCAACAUCCAUGCCGGGUUCAGCUUUGGCGGGGUCUUGGUCAGUGGCAAGUUCUCCUACGAGCAUGAGAACAUCAAGUCCACCCAGAUAGAGGACAAGGCGGUCACCGUCAGGGUGCAACUCAGAUACCACAGGUACGAAGUCAAGCUACAACCAGAUCCUAUACUGAGUCCACAGUUCAAAAGCCGGCUGUUAAACAUCGCAACUUAUCUGGAGUUAAAUCAAACCCAACAGGCCAGAUACGAAGGACAACUCUUGGUUCGAGAUUUUGGGACUCACGUGAUCACCAGUGUCACGGCCGGGGCUGGCCUGGUCAAGGACGAUUUUAUCAGCCGACACUACGCCUCCUCUGAGAGUACUAGCAAAACGUCCAUUCUCGUGUCUGCCAGUGCUUCCUACCGUCAACUGUUCAAGUUUAGCGCCGCCUAUGGACACAUCAGCCAACAGACAGACACCAGCGCUUACCUAGACCAGCUCACUCACUCUUUCAUUCACACGUUCGGUGGACCGAACUUCCGGUCAAACAUGACCGUGGACGAGUGGGCCCUGGAAGUGGACAACAACCUGGUCCCCAUGGACAGGACGGGAGACCCUCUGUAUUUCUUUAUCACAACACAGACGCUACCAGAGUUACCGCGCUUUACAGUUGCUGAAGUUGAAAACCUGGUAAAGGAGUCGAUCGAGACGUACUAUGAGAUGAACACCAUACGAGGCUGUACAAAACUCGAUGCUCCAAACUUUAGUUUCUCUGCUAACUUUGACGACGGCUCGUGCCAUUCACAGGCUGCUAACCUUACGUUUGGAGGUGCUUAUCAGACCUGUGAGGUCUCAGGUAGUUUCCUAAAUAUGAACCCAUGUGACGGCCUUAGUCAAGUUAACCCAAGGGCUGGGGGUUACGCUUGUCCACCCUCGUACUCGCCAGUGCUGCUCCUUACUGUCGCCGGAUCGCCAAAUGUGGAGUCGAAUCGUUUUUGUCAACGCUGUAAGCAUCAUCAUCAGUGUUGCCACACCGAGCAGUUCGUCUCGUCCUCCACCUACUCCAGCUACUGGUGUGCGGCUACAGGCCCAGUUGAGAGAGACUCGGGCUAUCUGUUUGGUGGUUUUUACACGGGCGGCGGCAAAAACCCCAUCACGGAUACGGUGGGCUGCCCCACUGGCUUCUACCCACUCCACAUACUACGAGACACCACACUGUGUCUCAGCGAUGACUACGAAACUGAGAUGCAGUUCUCUGUUCCGUUUGGUGGUUUCUUCACUUGCCGCUCAGGAAAUCCACUAGCACUUGGCAUCUCUCCGCGUGGGGGUGCAAAUCAGAGACAGCCCCCGCCGAACUCUCUGAAAGAUUUCAUUUUCCGACACAGAGGUUCAGAAGCAUAUCCACAAAAAUGCCCCACCGGUUACAGCCAGCACUUGCUUACUGUUGAAGAUGGCUGCUCCGUUUACUACUGCAUACAGACCGGUUAUCUUGCUGGGCCUAACCUACCACCAUUGAAGAGACCACCUUUUAUGAAGAAACCACCAAUCAUUGUAGACAAAGAGAAUGCAUCUGUGUUGGACCCUGCUACACGGACUUGGACGAACGAUGAGAAAGCCAAAGAGAUCGAGAGGCCACUGGAACUGAAUGAAACAGUUAUCGUAGAGUCUUCCACUGUCUCACAUCCUGCAAGUGUGACACCCGAUGCCGGCACAAUUUUAGCUGGUGUUGUCUUUGGUGCGCUAGCUGCCUGUCUGCUGUUUGCCUUAAUGCUGACUCUCCUUCUGUACAGACGUCAUAACAGUAGCCGUGAAGGUCACUACAGGAGGCUGUCAGAACAAUCAGAGAGCACAGUGACCUAUGGCUCAAGCUAA